CGUCACGUGUCACGUGUCGCUCACUGGAACUGACGGGAGCAGUGAGGGGUGCAUUAUGGGCCGACUGGAUGGGAAAGUGAUCGUGGUAUCUGCUGCCGCACAGGGGAUUGGACGUGCUGCCGCUACAGCUUUUGCAAAGGAAGGAGCUCAAGUCACAGCAACAGACAUAAAUGGAGACAAGCUGCAGGAGCUGGACGGCAUUAAAGGAAUCAGAACCAAAGUGGUGGAUGUGACUAAAAAGGACCAAGUGGAAGCUCUGGCAAAAGAACAUGACCAUGUUGAUGUGCUGUUCAACGUUGCAGGGUUUGUGCACCACGGCUCCAUCCUGGACUGCGAAGAGGCCGACUGGGACUUCACCAUGAAUGUGAACGUGCGCAGCAUGUACCUCAUGUGCAAAGCCUUCCUGCCUAAGAUGUUGGCGAAGAAGUCAGGAAACAUUAUUAACAUGGCAUCUGUAGCUUCGAGCAUAAAAGGUGUGGUGAACCGGUGUGUCUACAGUACCUCAAAGGCGGCCGUGAUUGGACUCACCAAAUCAAUUGCUGCAGAUUUUAUUGAGCAAGGCAUUCGCUGUAACUGUGUUUGUCCCGGGACUGUAGAUACUCCGUCACUGAGGGGUAGGAUCCAAGCUCAACCUGACCCAGAACAAGCUUACAAGGAUUUUAUGGCACGGCAGAAAACGGGCAGAAUGUGCACAGCUGAAGAGGUGGCGUACCUCUGCGUGUACCUGGCUUCAGAUGAGUCAGCCUACGUGACUGGAACUGAGCACAUAAUAGAUGGAGGAUGGAGUCUGUGAAAAGAGGAGCAACCCAAAAUCAAGAUGAAGUUUAUACAAUCUGAUGACAA